AUGGCACAAACCGCCAAUGCCGAUGGCACUGUCGCGAUGCCACGACUAGAAGACCUUCUUCGUCACCCGGAAGACCUGGACAAGAUUAAUGGUCUUAAAGCCGAAUACCUACGCAAGAAGACAGCCGUUGAUUCUCGACUCCGCGAGGGACUGCGUGACCAACUCGAAGCCGUACAGCGCAGUAUUGCGACCUUGACAGAAGGUCAGAGACAAGUGAUGAAAACGAAAGACGAGCUGCAAGGGAUCGACAAGUUAUGCGCCGAGUCACAAGACAGCGUGGAGGAUUUCGCGCAAAUCGACAAGUUAGCGCGCAUCCAACGAGACUUUGAUGCGACGUUGAUGAUGAAAAAAGGGCUGGAGAAUUUCAGCGCUGAUUUACAAGAGGUGGAGGAGUUGUUAAGAGAGGAUGAUGAGGAUAUUGAGAACCAGCCGAAUCUUCUACGAGCUCAUAUGCAGAUCUCUCGAUUGCGGGAUUUCAGGGAUGAGGCGAUGGAUCAGAUUCGCCAGGCGCAGGACUCAAGUGCGGAGACGACUCUUACGGAAUACUUCGAGGGUCUGGAUUCUGUGAUUGAUUGGUUUGACGAUCAUCUCGGAACAGCUUGCAUGAAUCUGAUUCCGUUGGUUCAGGAGGAUAACAAGAGUAUGGUGGUUCGAUUGGCUGUUGUGGUUAUGAACGAAGAGAAAAAUGAUGAUACUGUGCGUGCGCUUCAGGAAGCACAGAAAGACCACAAGGAUUUGGCGAGUCGGUUCAAGUCUAUGAGAAUCGGUCCGAAGACUGUGCGCGGCUACAAGGAGAAGCUUAUACAGGCGAUCGAGUUCUAUGCCCGAAAUCAAUUCGAUAACACCAAAGACGAAUUUCUCGGAGACCCUGAUCAACUGGAAAAGAGCUUCCGUUGGUUCUUCAAUGACUUGUUUACGGUUAAGCAAGGCAUGCAGAAGCUGGUACCGAAGAAAUGGAAGAUCUACAAGACCUACACUGAUAUCUAUCAUCGCACGAUGCACGAAUUCCUCGUGAAUAUGAUUGAUGACCCCGAGAUCCCCGCAGAUAAUCUGCUGACGAUCAUUCACUGGAGUGACAAGUAUUACAAGAAGAUGAAGAAGUUGGGCUGGAUGCCGAACGAGUUGAUGCCCAAUAUCCUCGACGACCGCGAGCCGGAGCUGGUGCGCCAGUGGCAGAGUGUCAUUAUCGAAGCCGUGGAGGAAUGGAUGGAUCGCAUUUUCGACGCCGACAAGAGAGGGCUCGUGGACAGACAACCAGAUGCACUGGGUACCAACGCAGAAGGCUACUUCCGCACCAAGACAUUGGCAGAUAUGUGGCGUAUGCUUCAUGAGCAGAUCAGUGCUGCAGGUGCCUCUGAACGAGCCGAUGUCGUCGAGGGCGUUAUCGAUGCUAUGUUCCGCUCACUGAAGAGUCGACAGGUCGCAUGGCAAUCCUUGAUUGACGAAGAGUGCACGAAGGCCAAGUCAGCAGGCCCCGAACAGGCUGAAGGGGUUCAACUGUUACAGGAUUGGCUGGUUGGUGUGGCCAACGAUCAAAUUGCUUGCAUCGAUGAUGAUGAGGAGACCGGCCAGCUGGGCUACCUGUCCAGAUUCAAGCGCGAUUUCGAGUCACUGGUGACACCCAAGUACAUGGCCACACGGGCAAAUGCAGAGCUGGAUGCGUUGCGCGAUGGCUAUGUGGAUCUCAGCACACACUGCCUGGCGCAGUUUGUGCAGGUUGUCUUCACUGUGGAUCUGACUACCGUUAUUCCAGACCUGUUCACCACGAAAUGGUACGGUGAAUACGCAAUCAAACGAAUCACGUCUACCUUUGAGGACUACAUGGCCGAUUACACCCCAGUCCUGCAUCCCUCCCUUGCCGAUAUCUUGGUUGAGGAAUUGUCAGACGAGCUACUGGUCCGCUACCUGUCCUCAGUACGAAACAAGAGUGUCAAAUUCCGCCGCAAUACCGAUCCAUUCACAGACAAGUUCAAGGACGACGUCCUCACCGUCUUUGCCUUCUUCCAGAAAUACGAAGACUCUUUUGAGGGUACCAUCAAGCAAAAGUGGCGUCUUGUGGACUGGCUGGUUCGUUUGCUCGAGGCUGAGAAGGGCAUGGGCCUGGCCAAUGUAUAUGAAGCAUUCAAGCUGGAGUACUGGGAUCUUCAACUUUCCUGGAUCGAAGCUGUUUUGCGUUGUCGUGAUGACUUUGAACGAAGCAUGGUCAGUGGCGUCAAGGCUAAGGCUGCCGAGUUGUCUGUGGAGAGAGGCAUGGAGACUAUCAUGAGCCGAUUGAGGUGA